CAGCCCAGCCCAGCCCAUCAACAUUUGGUCAUCGUCAAAGUUGGACCACGCAAAUCCUCACCACUCUCCGUCACGCACCAUUCCCUCGCCGCUGGCGCCGGCGCCGUCGCGCCGCCAUGCUCCGCCUUCGGUGCUGCGUCCUCAACCACCUCCUCUCCUCUCCAGCCACUUCUCCCGCAUCCCAUCUCCACCGCCUCGUCUCCGCCGCAGCGCCCGCGCCCGCCGCCCCCCCGAACGCUACCUUCGCCGUGGAGGACUACCUCGUCGAAACCUGCGGCCUCACCCGAGCGCAGGCACUCAAGGCCUCCGCAAAGCUCCCCCACCUCAAGUCCCCCUCCAAUCCCGACGCCGUCCUCGCCUUCCUCGCCGGCCUCGGCCUCUCCGGCGCCGAUGUCGCCGCGGCCGUCGCGAGGGACCCCAGGCUCCUCUGCGCCAAACUGGAUAAAGCCCUGGCCUCCAACGUCGCGGGGCUCGCCGGCCUCGGCCUCUCGCGCUGCGAGAUCGCCCGCAUCGUCUCGCUCGCCGGCUAUUCCUUGGGCAACAAAUCCGCCGUCUCCAAGCUACACUACUACCUGCCCCUCUUCGGCUCACCCGAGAAGUUCAUCCAGGCGAUGAAGUUCAAUACCAAUCUCCUCACGUACAGCCUGGAGCGGGUCACCAAGCCCAAUGUCGCGUUCCUGCGCAAGUGCGGGCUAGGUGCUUGUGAUAUUGCCAAGCUGUGCGCCGCUCGGUCGAGGAUGCUCACCAUCAACAUAGACCGCCUCCGGGCGAUGGUGGCAUUCGCCGAAGGUCUAGGCGUACCCCGUGGCUCUAGGAUGUUCUGGCGCGCCCUGAAUGCUGUUGCAGCUCUCCGUGAGGAGAAUAUCGCCGCCAAAGUGGACAGCUUGAAGAACAUUUUCAGGUGGUCCGGUGCUGAGGUGGGCAUUGCUUUUUGUAAGGCCCCAAUGGUGUUGGCAUUGUCCAAGGACCUGCUGCAGAGCAAGUCAGACUUCCUUAUCUCUGAGGUGGGAUUGACACCAGCAUACAUUGCUCCGCGGUCGACAUUGCUCACUUUCAGCCUGGAGGGUCGGCUAAAGCCACGGUACUACGUUACAAAGUUUCUUAAGGAAAAUGGAUUGCUAGAUCAUGACCGGGACUACUAUUCUGCUGUCAUCCUGACAGAGAAGGUGUUCAUGGAGAAGUUCAUAUGCCCUCACAAGGAAGCUGCACCGCAGCUCUCUGAAGACUACGCAGUAGCUUGCAAGGGGGAAGUGCCGACUAGAUUCAGAUUUUCAGGAACAAAGAACCUGCAAUGAAAAAUGUAACUGCUUAUGGCACACAAAAGUUUUGACUCCCGCAAGUUGUGACUUACAAGGUGGGAGGACGGCAAUAAAUAGGACUGCUUGACUGAAUGUUGUAGAUCGAUGGUGCAUCCUUCCUUGGAGGAGAAGAUGUGCUGAGACUGGACCUGAAUGUAGAUGGUCCAUGGUGCUUUCAGGUGAUGGGCAUGGCGGCUGGGUCCUUGCUUGCUAUGUACAGUAAGCGCGAUGCCGAUGCCCUGAAGGAGCUUAAGCGACAAGUAUGGCCUGAUGUGACUGAGCAGGAGUUUUCUUCAGAGAAGAAGAGGCUCCUUCUCGUAUAUUGUGCUAGAGAUUGUAUGGAAUAUGUGACAUGGACCAACCUUACCCUGUGAAUGUAAAUGUGCUGUUGGCUGAACUUGCACCUCUGCAAUUUUAUAUCUGACUUUAUGACGGUAUUAUGUUGUUCAUGUCAGUCGUAAAUGCCAAUAGGUCUUGCUCAAUUAUGAUAUAUUUUCCUGUGCCAAUUCAACAAUUUUUGUUUCUGGGGAUGGAUGGCUGUUGAGACUUUUUUAUGUUAAAUAUUGUAGGUCAUGUACAUAUAGUCUUGCAUGUUGAUAGCCGAUGGCGAUGUAAAUUUAUUAGACCUUUUACUUCUUUAGAUGGCAUCAUACCUACAACUUAAACUAUUAUGCACUCGUGCAGUCGUGCUUAAAAUACCAUUUGGUGAUCAUAGUGCAGAAGUGCAAAAUAUUCCUGGUUAUUGCCAAGUGGCUGCAAGGUGCAUUCAGAUAUGUAUUAACUGACAUGUGUUUAUUCUGUCUUCGC